AUGGCCCCCGGCGCUGAGCGCCCCGACCUCAACUACGGAUCCAAAAUCUUUCUCCCACCAUCCGCCUUGGACAAGGUAUCAAGAAUGCACGUUCAAUGGCCUAUCAUGCUAGAACUGAUUAACGGAGCGGCGGGGGGCAAACACACACAUGCAGGUGUGCUCGAGUUCGUAGCAGAGGAGGGCAGAGCUUACAUCCCGCAAUGGAUGAUGCAGUCGCUCCAGCUUGAUGUGGGCGACAUGAUCCAGGUCAAGACCACCUCCCUCGAGCUUGCCAAGCUAGUCAAGCUACAGCCACAGUCCGUUAACUUUCUCGAAAUUACCGAUCCUCGUGCCGUCCUCGAAAAAGCCUUCCGCAACUUCGCCGCUCUAACCAAAGGCGACGUCUUCAACUUCGAAUACAACGACGAGGUCUACGACAUGGCCGUUCUAGAUGUAAAGCCCGAAACUGCUAGGAUGGGCGUCAGCAUGAUCGAGACGGAUGUAAGCGUCGACUUUGCACCGCCAGUCGGCUACGUCGAGCCAGAGAGAGCGCCACGCGGCAGCGGCACCAGCACGCCCCGCAGUGCAAGAGGUGCAGGUGGCGGUGUGCCUCCCGGGGGCCUACUCUACAGCCAAGGUACCAUGGCACAAGCAAUCAAUUAUGACUCGAUCGCGCCAGGUUCAGCGGCAUCUUUGGCAGGGAACUUUACGGGAGAGGGGCAGCGGUUGAGCUCCAAGAAGGGUGGCAAGGCUCCAGCGCCGAAGCCCGCAACCCCCGUGGCUGGCACGUCAAGCUCAACCAAGGAAGCCACGGUACCCAUACGGCGUAGCAACGGGCCGGCGCCCCUGCGUCUUCCCCCUGGCAAACUCUUCCUAGGGUACGAAGUCAAGCCGGUCAAGACGGCUGAGGAUAAGGAGAGGGAGGCUGCGAACGCAAAGCAGCCUCACUUUGCUGGUCAAGGCCAGACGUUGAGGGAAACCGCUAAGAAAAAGGGUGACAGUGACGAUAAGGCUGGGAAAUAG